UUCGCUGCUCUUCUGCCCUGCGGCGCCGGGGGACCUGGGGGCCGGACCCCCCAGCCACCCAGCAUGUCCCAGCGGCACUCGGACGGCUCUCUGGAGGACAAGCUGCUGGAAUACCGCUUCCACGCCGAGCUGCGGCUCGACGCCCAUGGGAACCCUGCGUCUGGGCUCCCCGUGGCCCGGGGCUCCCUCGGGGCCGGGGCCGCCCUGGAGCCCGAGGCCGCCCUGCCCCCGGCCUCGCCCCCAGAGGACGAGGAGGCGCGGCCCGUUAUCCUGAGCACGCAGAGCCCCGCCGCCCUCAAGAUGGGCACCCAGCAGCUCAUCCCCAGGAGCCUGGCUGUGGCCAGCAGAGCCAAGACCCCCGCACGACACCAGAGCUUCGGGGCAGCUGUGCUCAGCAAGGAGGCCGCCCGGAGGGACCCGCAGCUCCUCCCGGGACCCAGCUUCUCCCUGGAUGACAUGGACGUGGACACGGGCCCCGGGAGGGUACCCACACGCAACCUGAGGAAUCAGUCCUACCGGGCGGCCAUGAGGGGCCUGGGGUCACCGUGUGGGAAGGGGGAGUCCAUCCAGCUCAGCUCCAAGCUCCAGACUCUCGCCGAGGAGUCCGGCCAGACCCCGGCCCGCUGUCCCGCCAAGAACAAGAGGACUCUGGGACGGAAGCGUGCACAGAAGGGCUCCUUCAAGGAUGACCCCCGCUUCUACCAGGAGAUCCGGGAGCGGGGCCUCAACACCAGCCAUGAGUCGGAUGACGACGUGCUGGAUGAGCCCCCGAGCCCCGAGGGAGCCCGCCGAGCGGACACCGCCAUCGUGGUCAAGAGCUACCGGCCCGCGCAGGUCACCUGGAGCCAGCUCCCGGAGGUGGUGGAGUCGGGCGUGCUGGACACUCUGUCCACGGAGGAGCGCAAGCGGCAGGAGGCCAUGUUUGAGAUUCUCACCUCCGAGUACUCCUACCUGCACAGCCUGAGCAUCCUGGAGGCCGAGUUCCUGCAGUCCCGAGAGCUGCGGGCGGCCAUGACGCAGACCGAGUACCACCACCUCUUCUCCAACAUCCUGGACGUGCUGGCCGCCAGCCAGAGGUUCUUCGAGGCGCUGGAGCAGCGGCACAAGGCGCAGGUGUGCGUGGAGGACAUCAGCGACAUCCUGGAGGAGCACGCGGAGCGCCACUUCCACCCCUACGUCGCCUACUGCGCCAACGAGGUGUACCAGCAGCGCACCCUGCAGAGGCUCUCGACCAGCAACGCCGCCUUCCGCGAGGUCCUGCGGGAGAUAGAGAAGCGGCCCGCGUGCGGGGGCCUCCCCAUGAUCUCCUUCCUCAUCCUCCCCAUGCAGAGGGUCACCCGGCUGCCCCUCCUGACCGACACGCUCUGCAUCAAGACUCAGGGUCACCCCGAAAGGUACAAGGCUGCCAGCCGGGCACUGAAGGCCAUCAGCAAGCUGGUGAAGGAGUGCAACGAGGGGGCCCACCGCAUGGAGCGCACGGAGCAGAUGUACACGCUGCACACACAGCUGGACUUCGGCAAGGUCAAGUCCCUGCCGCUCAUCUCCGCCUCGCGCUGGCUGCUGAAGCGCGGGGAGCUGGUCCUGGUGGAGGAAGCCGGGCUUUUCAGGAAGAUCGCCAGCCGGCCCACCUGCUACCUGUUCCUGUUCAGUGACGUCCUGGUCAUCACCAAGAAGAAGAGCGAGGACAGCUACCUGGUCCAGGACUACGCCCAGCUGGAGCACGUCCAGGUCCGGAAGGUGGAGCCCUCGGAGCCGACUCUGCCCGGCGGAGGCAGCCGGGGCUCCUCCGUGCCGCACCCCUUCCGGCUGACCCUGCUGCGGAACAGCGAGGGCCGCCAGGAGCAGAUCCUGCUGUCCUCCGACUCCGCGAGCGACCGCGCCCGCUGGAUCACCGCGCUCACCUACAAGGAGAGGCAGUGGCGGGGCCUGGACAACAAGGGAGAGCUGCCCCAGGUGGAGAUCACCAAGGCCUACUUCGCCAAGCAGGCGGAUGAGAUCACGCUGCAGCAGGCCGACGUGGUCCUGAUCCUGCAGGAGGAGGACGGGUGGCUGUACGGAGAGCGGCUCCGCGACGGAGAGGCGGGCUGGUUCCCCGACGGCGUGGCGCGGAGCAUCACCAGCCGCCUGGCGGUGGAGGACAACGUGCGCCGGAUGGAGCGCCUGCGGCUGGAGACCGACGUGUAGCCGCGCC